AACCCCGCAGAAGUUUUCACGUUUAUAUACUUAAAAACAGAAUUACUCAUGAAAUCUAUUUGCUUAUGUAUAGAUUUUUCGAAACAUAAUAGGAAGUCGAAAAGCAAAAACACCCUAAUGUUAAUCUUUUCAACAUCGUUUUUCAUAUUCCAAAUUCAAAUUUCCUAUUUUCAUUCUUUAAAGCAUAAUUAUGUUAUAAUUAACAUUUCUUAAAAACCAUAGCCUACAGAAACAGAUGUGAAAUUGUAUUUGUUUUUUUUAAUAAUAGAAAGCAUUCUUUACCAAUAAUAUGAUCUUGAAUAGCCUGUGUUGGAUGCAGUUCAUUUCGUGUUUUUCUUUAAAUUCAAAUCAUACAUUUGAAGGACGUUGUUGUGCCUGCAGUCUCUUCAUCAUGAAAGCAGUAAGAAAAUGGAAUAGUUUUUAUAUGAAACCAAAUGCUGUCUUAUCUGAUAUUGUAGUUUAUGUCAGAAAAGGAUUAAAUUGUCUAUGAAUGCAUAUUUCAAGUAUGUACUUUAUCACAAGUGGACAUAUCAAACCUGAGUCAUGCACGUAUUUAAGAUUAUUCUUGAUGUAAAAUAUGUUUUAAAUGUCUUUGAGUGCGUACUUUUAAGUACGUAAUGAAAAAUUAAAACUCAGUAUUGUUUGUACUGUAAAGUGAUUUGCAAUUUUGUCUGAUAAAAGAUCCUGGGUAUCAAGUAUUUAUUUGAUUAAAAAUCAGCUUAAUCUUAAACUUGUCAAUUCAAAGCUUCAAACUCAAGUAGGAGGUAUAAAAAGCACACUGAAAUCACACUUACUGCCAAAAUAUCAAUAUAAAUGACGCAUGCGUAGAUUGAUAAUAUAAAUGUGGUAUCACUGCGCGUAAACCAGUCGGGACUACUUUUUCAUUAUCGGUGUCGUCGCUAAACUUUUCGUAACAAACAAAAAUGAGGUAAAGUUUUGCAAAUCAGUUGCAUUUACUGAUAAUCAAAAUGGCGUACAUAUAUUUUCAAGUUGUAAUAAUGCUAGUUUAUAUCGCGAAUAAUGCCGAUUUAUGCUUUGGAACAAGAAAGACGUUUAACCACGAGAUACAUGUGACAGACAACAACAUUGGUCGAUUCAAGCUCAACAGUCAUGGACGGUUUUCAGAUAUAAUACACCUUGACGACGAAAUGGGAAUUAAAAGACUACUAUGUCGGCAUGAUAAAAUACUAAUUGCCUUCAAAGAAAAUGUUGCAAUUCCGACCUGGAGACCUGGGCAGAUUGUAUUGGGAGGUUCUGAGUGGGCAUGCGCACUGUCAAAAGAAGCUGGCGGACAUCAUGAAGGGAUUUAUGCCAGAAUCCGUGACGUAUUCCGUCCAAAACCUGACCGCCUUGAUUUAGUGAUAGGACAUGUCGGUCCUUUCGAUUUGCUUGAAGAGGCUUCUAUUCAUUUCCACUUUGACCCGACGCUACCAAACAAGUCUAUUUCGUCAAAGACACGCAGGAAUGCCAGGAAGAAGAAACCAAAUGGAAAGGGAAAGACGGUCUUUCAUGAACGUAAAUUAGAGAGAACGAAAAGGGGCACCUCUAACAUGUUGACUGAUAUAUUGAAUAGAAUAGACUGGCAUAAGAAUGUAUCAAUGUUUGUUCCGUUUAACUACGAUGCACGCAACCACAAAGAGUCCUUCCAGUUUUCAUUAAAGCGGAUGAAUGGUUCUAAGGAGAUGCAUGUAUCAACAGGUGCUAUGGGAAUUAAGGAUUUGCUGAAGGUUCCAGAUUAUUUUAGCUUGGACUGUUUAUCCUGCUUCUCGGUGGCAAGUCUAAAGUACACAUUCGACCUUAAAAUUGAAAAGGUUGAUAAUAAACCAGUUUUAAAGCAAUACAUUUCACAGGUAGAAACAAAGACACAGAUGCAUACAGAUUUCGCUCUUAGAUUUCGUGAAGAGAUGACUAUAAAUGGUAGUAGAUUAUUUUGGAAAACACAACCGAAGGAAUUGCUGCGGAUACCAUUAGCUGUUGUACCGGGACUCCCGCCAGUAGAGCUUCUUCUUAGCUACGACAUGGACAUUUUCGCCGACAUACAUGCUGCGGUUAGUGGGCCAUCUGUGCUCAGGAAUAGAUACACCACGAAAGGGUCGUAUGUAAUGUCCCAAACGAUGACGUCGCAAACGCCGAUUUGGGGCGAUGUCAGCGUAUCUAACUGGACAGUGGUACCAUCAGAAAGUCAUUCAAUGCUACCAUCAUUUGCUGAUGUCAAGACUAGUUUCAAACACAGGAUGGGAUUUAAUGCAUCUUUGAUUUGGUCUGGCAAAGAUGUAUCAAUAUCGCUUUCGCCGCAAACAGAUAUCACGUUAGAGCCAGACGUGAGCAAUAUUGUACAUUCGGAUUACUUUGGAAAGUGUCAUAGUUCCGACGUUGUUGUAGUUGGAAAUUUCAGCAUUCAGGACGCAUACUUUCAUGUCCAGGCAUUCGGAAAAGAAAUUUGGAAUAAGUAUUUAGCGAGUGGCUAUGAAAAACAUAUGUCGAUGACUUCCGGUGCAUUAGUACACGAAUGUAAGGCACGCUGUGUCGGCCCAUCGAUGACUGGUUAUCCGGCUGAUAUGGAAGACGUUCUGGGAACAAGCAGUUUAAAUUUAGACAGGAAUCACAGUCUGUUUUCCAAACACUUCAGAGGUCUGAGAGGAAAUUUCAUGAUAUUUUCAAUGGCAAACAACAAUGUCAGCAGCGAUGGAGUAGAGUCAUGUGAUGAUUAUACUGGUAAUGUGUCGACAUUGUGUUCUGCGCGGUUGGUUACAUUGACAAUGGCCACAAAAUUAGCUCGACUGCAGAGACUGGCACAAACAGAAUGGCAAGACAGACACCUGGUAGUUGUUGAAGGCUUAGACGAAUCUCCACAUUUCCGACACAAUAUGACAUCGCCAUAUAGAGAUGGCCGCGCAAUGACACUAGCGCUAACAAACGUUAAUUCCUCCACCACCCAUACGUCCUUUACUUUGAGCAACAACUUGAAUAAAUUCAGACGCCUAGGCCAGUUGGCUGUAUGUUCAGGAUUUGACUAUGUUGCCAUCAAAAAUCAGACGGGACAAUUGGUUAUUGAAGUUGGUGUGAAAAAUGAGACAAGUGAGACAGUGAUCUCAGUCCUGUCAAACCUAAUUGACCAGAGACGCAUUUUUGACAGAGCUAUCCAGUCUGCUGGUAGCAGAAAUAUAGACUGCCAAGCCAGAGUGUUGUACAAGGUUGGUGAUAGUUAUCCAUUUGGUCGAACAAUAGAGUCAUGGUGCGGGCCGCCGACUGGCAGAUUACACUUUCUUAACCCUGAUGUUAAUCAAAGCUUGUACGAAUAUCCGUUCAAUGACAUAAGCUUUAAACCAGAAGGACAACAAACAGAUUGGUGUGGAAGUGCAUUGAGGACGUGUAAUUCAUGCAAUCAUUCUUCCUCAGAUGGUCAUGCUCUAACAUGGGACAGUUGUAUAACACGAAUAAUGUCCCCAAGAUUGGCACUAAGAUUACGUAAACUGGCUAAUAUUGCAAGACGGAAUUCUAUAGAUUUGCAAGUUGAGAAGGCAUUGGUUGUGGAGACAAAUGACACUGGCAAUCAUAUUUCGAAUCCCCUAUUCCUCGAAGGAAGAGCUGCGAGAAUAACUUUAACUUCGUCUAACAUUCCGUCAAAAAUGAAUCUUCUAAUGAACGCAGCACUGUGUGCAGGUUUUGAUUACGUCAGCUAUACGUCAUCAGAUUUUGUAGAUGUGUUUGUCCGACGCCAAGAUGGUUAUCUUGAAAGUAAAACAUACUUUCCUAAUGGAAGGGGACUCUUGUCUGUCCAAGCGCCGCAUAAUCUAACCUUAGAGUACGGCUAUCCACUAGAAUUAGCCAACGAAGCGCGACAACCCUCAUUAUUUGAUGGUCAUGAUGACAAGAUUUCUGUUUCUAAAUACUACACUAUAUCAGACUUCAAAGAUAAAUCUCGCCGCGAUUUCAGGCUUGAUGCAGCACUAGUGGAAUGUUUAGAAGAGGUUUCAGAGGAAGCUGGACGCAAAGUAGAGAUUGUUCCCGGCUCUGGUUACAUUCCCCGCUCCAAGAAUAUGAAAAACUUAGAUACGAAACAUCCUGAAGAAAAAGUAAGGCACCGGUCUGGUCAGGCAGCUCGUAUUAAUUUUGGAAGUUCAACCAACAGUAACGAUCUUGUCAAACUUGGUAAAUCUUUAAUAAGGAAAUGUCAGCCUCUUCUACAACAACAACAAAGGUGCAUAGGGAUAGGUUGUCAUGUUGACAGCUUAUAUAUUGAUGUUAGACCAGUCAUGGCGGGUAAUGAAACAACUCUUAUACAUGUCUGGAAUAGCGGUGGUGGCGCCGUAUACACAGAACUACAAAAAGCGUCUGAUACAGUCAAUAAAGGAGGACCAUUGAUUGCACCAAUACAUCGUUCGUCAGCCUGUUCUAUUGCUUCUAUGGUCAGUGCAGACAAACCGUAUCUGUCCUUCCAAUUCGGACACCCGCCUCAGUGUACUAAGACUGGAUCAGGUGUUUCUGAAUUUUGUAAAACGACAAGGCCGUAUUUGCUGGAACAAGCUUCUAAGCUCCAAGAUCGACUAACGUCUGCUGCGGGAUCAGAUCGGUUGCCAAAAAGAGAUAUAAUUGAUGAAAUCAACGCAUGUGUAGUGGAUGCUUGUGGUGGCUGUCCUGGAACAGGGCCGAUGUGGGACCAAAAGGUGCGUGUAUGCUCAAAAAUGAUAGAGAAGUAUCUGUCUAGAGCCAGCAGUCCUUUCAGAGAGAUGACCAACAAGACGUCUUUCUUCAAUCCAGACAAUCCUCAGUCUACCGUCCACUCACUGGCUUGUCAUGACGGAAAUAUUUGUGUUGAAAAUACACAAUUGUAUUCUUUACUAAUGCCAUUGAUAACAGCCACAUACCGUGUGAACAGUGAAAACAGUGUUGAAGAGAGACUGUUUAACAAUGAGGACAAUCCUAGUCCGUUAUUGGAACUUGUAGGACAAGAGCUUGCCAUGCACACGUAGGGAAUAGUGAAGGUUUAUAUAGACACGCUAGGAGACAUUUCCCGGAUUAGAAAUGUUCUCAAGGUGGCAAUGGUCUAUAACAAGAACGUAAGUCAUGUUGAAUUUCACGUAAGCGGUGAAGUAAAUAAAGACUCUGUGAUGGCGACGAUACAGAGAAAGAUAGAAAUCUGGGCUGGGACAGUUUGCAGUGAUGUGUCCCGGCUUUCUAUUGCACCUUUUAGUGUUUACACAAUAUAUGAACAUAGACUUAAACGAAGCGCAGAAAGAAGUCAAUCCAGAAAUCAA